AUGAAGCUCCCCUCCGUCCUCAGCACCACCGCCGCCGCCCUUCUCCUCGGCAACGCCAGCGCCUUCUCCGGCCAGAUGGCGGCGGGCGAGUACACCCUCUCUGCGCAGCUAGGAUACGGCCAGUCAAUCACCCUCACCGACUACUACACGGGCUCUCAGUACUAUGCCUGGCUUUAUGGCGGCUUCAAUGCCUGCGUUAAUAACAAGUGUACUGUGCAUAUGCGCGAGACUACCGCGCCAGCCACGUACAAGUUUGACGCGCUGAUGUGGAGGACCAAUGACGGGUGCCACAAUAUCGAUUUCCAGGGUGCUCUUGAUGCGGGCCAUGGAUACUGCUGUGGGUCCUUGCCUUGUGAUUUUACUGCGUGA